UGCUGGCCUCGAUAUAUCCCUGUCCCCUUGUGUCUCAGCCUCUGUGUCUUCCCCCUCCCUACUUAUUAAACCCCUCUCCUACAAUCCUUCCCUGUUGCUUUCACUGCUCUGUGUUUGGGUUGAUCAUACGGUUGACCCUUCCUUUGCCAGCGUCUUUUCACCCACCAUUGUCUUCUAUUUGUCUCCAGUUGAAUUUCUAGCCUUUGGGCAGCUGCUUGUUGUAAAAGCAUAAGCCAUGUUCGCACAACGCGUGGUUCGUCCAGCUUCGGUGCUGGCUCGCCCCUUCAGUUCCUCUGUUGCUGCCUUCCGUGCCCCUUCCAUCCGUGAUCUCACCCCCGACUCGGCUGCUGAGUUUAACGCACGGCAAAAGGAGUUUCGCGAGAACCUUGAGGUGUCUCGCAAGAAGAGAGAACAGCAAGAGAGUCAGUCUGUCGAUGCUUCUGCUUCUUCCUCUGCAUCAUCCCCUUCAAUUCGUGACCGCUUCCGUGAGUACGCUACCGCUCCCACUGCUCCGCUCGAGAGCAAUGGAAGCUGUAACAACAGCCCCGACCUUGAAGCUGCAGAUGUACCUGUUGGGAAGGCACUGGGCUCACUCUCUACGUAUCAUAAAUUAGAAGACGAACAGCUGCUGGAAUCUAGCCAGUCUCCGAAACGCGGUCCGCUGUCGUCGCUCAUCUACGGAACGAAGGAAGGCCAGCAGCUCGACAAGGACAUCGAACGGUCGUUCUCGCAAGUGCUCGCCCGAGGCAAAUACGUCCAUUCCAUUGUCUUCCACGAUGUCAAGCCCGACAAAGUCGAUGAAUAUGUCAACCUCGUUGGCCAGUGGUAUCCUCGCAUGGCGACCGAGCCCGAGAACAGGGUCAACCUAGUCGGAAGUUGGCGUACCCAAGUCGGCGACAACGACACUUUUGUCCACAUCUGGGAAUACCAGCGAUACGAAGGUUACCACGCAUCCUUGCACAAUAUCGCCUCUCAUCCCGAGUUCGAAGCCUUUGACCGGAAGCUGAAGAGCUUGAUCAAGAGCAAGAAGACGUCACUCAUGCAGGAGUUUUCCUUCUGGCCCACAACCCCUCCCCGACGCCUCGGUGGCUUGUUCGAACUUCGCUCAUAUACUCUUCACCCUGGGAAUCUUUUGGAGUGGGAGACACAUUGGCGUCGCGGCCUCACCGCCCGUCGUGAGGUCAUGGAGGGAGUCGGUGCUUGGUUUGUGCAGAUCGGAGAUUUGAACACCGUGCACCAUCUCUGGCAAUUUGCCAACCUGGAGGAGCGGAAGAUUCGCCGCGAACAGUCCUGGGGCAUUGAAGGCUGGGCGGAGACCGUGCACAAGACCGUCCCAUUGAUCCAGAGCAUGCAGAGCCGGAUCUUGAUCCCGAUGCCGUGGAGCCCUGUCGGCUAAAGAGAUUGGGUAGGCUGCGGGGAAGAAGGAUCGGUGAUCACAAGACAGAACCGUCCGAGCGAACUAGCCAAGCAUGCAGAACCGCCCAGGUUGCGGGCUUCCUUUGCAAUCCAUGCACCAUGGAUCAGGACAGGGCAAGAGGGCGAGGAUCCAAACCGCCAGUGAGCGGUUCGACAGAAGGAGCGUGGGGCAACCCAGCUUUGUCCUUUCUUCCACGAAUCCUGGAACUGA